GACGUCUUAAAAAAAUAAAAGCUGCAUAAUAAAACAACCCUAUUUAAAGUAAGAGCCCAGAGUCAGAUAUUCAAACGUGUUUUCAUUUUGUUGUCACGAUCACCGUUUAAACAUAUAAACCAUUUUUUUUAUUAUUAUUUUUGUGAUCGAUAAACUGGUCUCCGUGAUUUUGAAUAUAUUGGUCAAAGGGCACCACCAAUGGCGUACGUUUCGAGAUCUGCGUUUAGAAAACAGGCACUGUUGAUACCGUUCAUGAAUGCUGUUAGAGGAAUGUCUUCAUCAGGAGGGCCAACACCUCCCUUUACAACCCUGUCCGUCACCCAUCCAGCUAAGGCCAUCACUCAUGUCGAGCUCACCCGCCCAGAGAAACGCAAUGCAAUGAACAAGGCAUUCUGGCUUGAGAUGGUUGACUGCUUCAAUCAGAUAGCCCAGGACUCAGAAUGUCGUGUUGUGGUUUUCUCAGGUGCUGGAAAGCUCUUCACAUCAGGCAUUGAUCUCAUGAGUAUGGCCAGUGAUAUUCUUCAGCCUGAAGGUGAUGACACAGCGAGGAUAUCAUGGAACGUGCGGCACAUCAUAGCUCAGUACCAAGAGUCCUUCACUGUUAUCGAAAAGUGUCCAAAACCCGUGAUUGUGGCCAUCCAUGGAGGGUGUAUAGGAGGAGGCGUAGACUUAAUCACGGCAUGUGAUAUACGACUGUGUACGCAAGAUGCCUGGUUUCAAGUCAAGGAGGUUGACAUUGGUUUGGCAGCUGAUGUUGGGACUUUGCAGCGUCUCCCCAGUGUGAUUGGAAGUCGAAGUUUAGUGAAUGAGUUGGCAUUCACUGCAAGAAAGAUGUACGCUGAUGAAGCCAAGAGCUGUGGACUGGUCAGUCGUGUUUUCCCAGAUAAAGAGACUAUGAUGGCCGGAGCUCUGGAGAUGGCAGGAGAUAUCGCCACCAAAAGUCCUGUAGCAGUCCAAGGAACUAAAAUCAAUCUUAUUUACUCCAGAGACCACAGUGUUCCAGAAGCCCUGAAUUACAUAAACACAUGGAAUAUGAGCAUGCUUCAAACCCAAGAUUUAAUGAAGUCAGCUCAGGCAGCGAUGGAGAAAAAAAACCUCAAAGAAGUUACUUUCUCAAAGCUCUGAGAGGCUACACACCCUUACUAUCAAAUAACACCUUCUUUAGUGAAUUUGCUAAUUUAAACAACAUGAUUUUUACAUCUUAAGUGAAACGUGCUAUUGUGUAUUUGUUUUGUUUUCGCAUUCAGUGCCUUAAUGGUGGUUCGUGUCAAAUAAAUAACCAAAAAAUCCUGUUGAACACGUUCAGUGCUGAAUAUGGUAAAAACAAAAAACCUUAAGAUGAAAUAGAGGUGAAUGGUUGAAUGAAUUUUUUUGAUUCCACAGUGACUUAUGUUGUGCAUUACAUGAAAUGUGCAAUUUGUAUCUCAAUAAAACAACUAAUGCUAAAAUAA